AUGGGAGUGUUGAGUGUUGCCGUAACUACAUGUACAUCCACGUCAGAAAUGGAGGCCGAGAUGAGCCUUGUGGUGGUUCUCUUGGCACGUCAAUGGAACCGGAAAGGAGCUGCUGGUAAAGGUCAUGAAGCCCGAAAGGUUGGGAACUCAGACAUAUGCGAGCAUGCCUGUUGGUCUGAAAAGGACGGAGCUCUAUUAUGGAAUAACUCCUGCAUCAGACUAGACGAACCCGGUUUUGAGUGGGAUCCAGAUAACGAAACUUGA